AUGGUAGAAAAGGAACCAGUCAGUUUUCCGGACGAGAAGAUUGAGGUUAUUAACGAUACGGCUGGAGCGAACAUUGAUGCAGAAGCGGAGAAGAAGCUGUUGCGGAAAUGCGAUCUUUAUGUCCUUCCUCCGCUUUUUGUUCUCUUCUUACUGGCGUUUCUUGAUCGCACGAAUAUAGGGAAUGCGCGCAUCCAAGGACUCACGGAAGACCUCAAUAUGCACGGAUCGGAUUAUAAUAUUGCACUCUUUGUGUUCUUUAUUCCGUACAUUCUCUUUGAAGUCCCAUCGAAUCUCAUUAUUAAGAAGCUUGCACCUUCCACAUGGCUAUCUCUCAUUAUGGUUCUUUGGGGUAUCUGUACCAUUGGAAUGGGCCUUGUCAAUACCUUCGGCGGCCUCAUCGCCAUGAGAGUCCUCCUCGGUUUCUUCGAAGCCGGUUUAUUUCCUGGCUGUGUCUACCUCAUCUCCAUGUACUACAAACGGUACGAGCUCCAAUGGCGCCUGACCCUCUUCUUCGCCGCGUCCAUCAUCGCAGGCGGCUUCGGCGGCCUCCUCGCCUAUGCCAUUGCCAAAAUGGACGGAAUCCGCGGCUACGGCGGCUGGCGCUGGAUCUUCAUCCUCGAAGGGCUCCUCACCGUUGUCCUCGGCCUCAUCGCAAAAUGGUGGGUCGUGGACUGGCCGGAAACCGCAUCUUUCCUUUCCCCCGAUGAGCGCGCUCUGCUCAUCGCACGACUGUCGGCUGAUAGUGGGGAUGCGGUUAUGAACCGUCUGGAUAAGAGGGCAGUGAGGAGGAUAUUUAGGGAUCCAAAGAUUUAUCUGGGUACCUUGGCGUAUUUUGGAAUUGUGAAUACGGGGUAUGCGGGGAGUUUUUUUAUUCCGACGAUUGUGAAGGAGUUGGGGUAUACGAGCGCAGCGGCACAGGUCCGCAGCAUCCCUAUCUUUGUCGUGGCUACCGUCACUGCUCUCAUUACUGCCUGGGUUACGGACCGAGCCCGCCACCGCUACGCCUUUUGCAUCCUCGGCCUCACCAUCUCUUCCAUCGGCUACAUCCUCCUCCUUGCCCAGAAACACCUCUCCUCCGGCGUAAAAUACUUCGCGCUCUUCCUCAUAGUACCCGGCGGCUACAUAGCCCAACCCAUCACCCUAGUCUGGCUGUCCAACCUCGUCUCCGGGCAUUACAAACGCUCAGUAUCCUCUGCCAUGCAAGUAGGGUUUGGCAAUAUCGGGGGUAUUGUUGCGAGUAAUGUGUUUCUGGAUGCGGAGAAACCGACAUAUAGAACCGGGUAUGGGGUGAGUUUAGGGAUGUUGUGGAUAUGUGGCGCUGCUUGUACGGCGAUGUUUGUGUUUGUGAAGUGGGAGAAUCGGAAGAGGGAGAGGGGAGAGAGAGAUGGGAGGUUGAGUGAUGUGGAUGCGGACAAUUUGGGGGAUGAUCAUCCGCUUUUUAGACUGACGACUUAGAGGAUGGAAUUAGGAAAUGGGUUGUACUUGGGGAGUGGAAGUGAGUUUGAAGAAAGAGAAGGUAGACCGGGUGUGUGGGAGGAGAAGGACGUGAAACGAACGCAAACGUAAACGCAAAUUAGGAAGAAG